UAUUGAACUUUAACUGACAGUGUGUCAAAACUCACUAACGUAUCUUUUUCGCUCGUCUGGAAAUUAACCUCCUCAACUCAUCGCUCCGCUACAACCAUCCUCGCUACUUAUCGCCCACCCUCAAAUUCAAAUUUGUGUCGGGGGUUUGAAAAUUAAUUAAAGUAUCGGGUUUUAAUUUCUUUGAUUUAAUUUAAUUUAAUUUAAUAUUUUAAUAUUUUAUUUUAUUUCAAAUUAAUUCCCCUUCAAAAUUUAUAUUCAACAUACUUAACUUACUGUCAAUUGAAUUGAAGUGAAUUGUUGUUGAUAUGGCUUCAAUUGCAAUUAUAAAUCCUCCCAAUGAUGAGUCGACUCGUCUUCAACAAAUGAGAAGAGAUUCGACUGUUCUUGGUCCAAUGAAUAAAAUUCUUGUAGCAAAUCGUGGUGAAAUUCCUAUUAGAAUCUUUAGAACUGCUCAUGAACUUUCUAUGCAAACUGUUGCUAUUUAUUCUCAUGAAGAUAGAUUAUCAAUGCAUAGAUUAAAAGCUGAUGAAUCUUAUGUUAUUGGUAAAAAGGGUCAAUAUACUCCAGUGGGAGCUUAUUUACAAAUUGAUGAAAUUAUUAAUAUUGCAAAACAUCAUAAUGUUAAUAUGAUUCAUCCUGGUUAUGGAUUUUUAUCUGAAAAUUCAGAAUUUGCUAGAAAAGUUGAAGAAGCUGGAAUUGCUUGGAUUGGUCCAAAUUAUAAAACUAUUGAUGCUGUUGGUGAUAAAGUUAGUGCAAGAAAUUUAGCUAUUUCAAAUAAUGUUCCUGUUGUUCCUGGUACUCCAGGUCCAAUUGAAACUGUUGAAGAAGCUUUAACAUUUGUUGAAAAAUAUGGUUAUCCAGUAAUUAUUAAAGCUGCUUUUGGUGGUGGUGGUAGAGGUAUGAGAGUUGUUCGUGAAGGUGAUGAUAUUGCUGAUGCCUUUAAAAGAGCAACUUCAGAAGCUAAAACUGCUUUUGGUAAUGGUACUUGUUUUAUUGAAAGAUUUUUAGAUAAACCAAAACAUAUAGAAGUUCAAUUAUUAGCAGAUAAUUAUGGUAAUGUUAUUCAUCUUUUUGAAAGAGAUUGUUCAGUUCAAAGAAGACAUCAAAAAGUAGUAGAAAUUGCUCCAGCCAAGAAUUUACCAAAGGAAGUUCGUGAUGCAAUUUUAACUGAUGCAGUAACUUUAGCAAAAUCAGCUAAUUAUAGAAAUGCGGGUACAGCUGAAUUUUUAGUUGAUGAACAAAAUAGACAUUAUUUUAUUGAAAUUAAUCCAAGAAUUCAAGUUGAACAUACUAUUACUGAAGAAAUUACUGGAGUUGAUAUUGUUGCUGCCCAAAUUCAAAUUGCUGCUGGAGCAUCAUUACAACAAUUAGGACUUUUACAAGAUAAAAUUACUACUAGAGGAUUUGCAAUUCAAUGUAGAAUUACUACUGAAGAUCCAUCUAAAAAUUUCCAACCUGAUACUGGUAAAAUUGAAGUUUAUAGAUCGGCUGGUGGUAAUGGAAUUAGAUUAGAUGGUGGUAAUGGAUUUGCUGGUUCAAUAAUUAGUCCUCAUUAUGAUUCAAUGUUGGUUAAAUGUAGUUGUUCUGGUUCAACUUAUGAAAUUGCAAGAAGAAAAAUGUUGAGAGCUUUAAUUGAAUUUAGAAUUAGAGGAGUUAAAACUAAUAUUCCAUUUUUAUUAGCUCUUUUAACUAAUGAAACAUUUAUUAAUGGAAAUUGUUGGACAACAUUUAUUGAUGAUACUCCAUCAUUAUUUCAAAUGAUUAGUUCUCAAAAUAGAGCUACUAAAUUAUUAUAUUAUUUAGCUGAUUUAGUAGUUAAUGGAUCUUCAAUUAAAGGUCAAGUUGGUGUACCAAAAUUAGAUGAAGAAGCUGAAAUUCCUGCUAUUCAUGAUCCACAAACUGGUCUUUUAAUUGAUGUUGAAAAUACUCCAAUUCCUCGUGGUUGGAGACAAGUAUUACUUGAAGAAGGUCCAGAAAUAUUUGCUAAAAAGGUUCAUCAAUUUAAUGGUACACUUUUAACUGAUACAACUUGGAGAGAUGCUCAUCAAUCUUUAUUAGCUACCAGAGUAAGAACUAUUGAUUUAUUAAAUAUUGCUCCAACAACAGCAUUUGCACUUAAUGGAGCAUUUUCAUUAGAAUGUUGGGGUGGAGCAACUUUUGAUGUUUGUAUGAGAUUUCUUCAUGAAGAUCCAUGGGCAAGAUUAAGAAAAUUAAGAGCUUUAGUUCCAAAUAUUCCAUUCCAAAUGUUAUUACGUGGAGCUAAUGGAGUGGCUUAUUCUUCUUUACCAGAUAAUGCCAUUGAUCAAUUUGUUUUACAAGCCAAAGAAAAUGGGGUUGAUAUUUUUAGAGUCUUUGAUGCUUUAAAUGAUUUAGAUCAAUUGAAAGUUGGUAUUGAUGCAGUUAAAAAAGCUGGAGGAGUAGUUGAAGCAACGGUAUGUUAUUCUGGUGAUAUGCUUUUACCUGGUAAAAAAUAUAAUUUAGAAUAUUAUUUAAAUGUUGUUGAUGAAAUUGUAACAUUAGGAACUCAUUUCUUAGGUAUUAAAGAUAUGGCAGGUACUUUAAAACCAAAGGCUGCUACUAUUUUAAUUACCAAAAUUAGAGAAAAAUAUCCUGAUUUACCAAUUCAUGUUCAUACUCAUGAUUCUGCAGGUACUGGAGUUGCUUCUAUGGUUGCAGCUGCUAAAGCAGGUGCUGAUGUAGUUGAUGCUGCUUCAAAUAGUAUGUCAGGUAUGACAUCUCAACCUUCAAUUAGUGCUAUUUUAGCUUCUUUAGAAGGUGAUAUUGAAACUGGACUUUCAGAUUCAUUAGUAAGAGAAGUUGAUAAUUAUUGGGCUCAAAUGAGAUUACUUUAUUCAUGUUUUGAAGCAGAUUUAAAGGGUCCAGAUCCUGAAGUUUAUCAACAUGAAAUCCCCGGUGGUCAAUUAACUAAUUUAUUAUUCCAAGCUCAACAAUUAGGGUUAGGAUCUAAAUGGGUUCAAACUAAAGAAACUUAUAAAAUUGCUAAUCAACUUUUAGGUGAUGUAGUUAAAGUUACUCCAACUUCAAAAGUGGUUGGAGAUUUAGCACAAUUUAUGGUUUCCAAUAAUUUAUCAGAAGAAGAUGUUAAUAAAUUAGCUGGAGAAUUAGAUUUCCCUGAUUCAGUAUUAGAUUUUAUGGAAGGUUUAAUGGGUACACCAUAUGGAGGAUUCCCUGAACCAUUAAGAAGUCAUAUUUUAGGUAAUAAAAGACAAAAAUUAUCUUCAAGACCAGGAUUAAUUUUACCCCCAAUUGAUUUUGAAAGUAUUAGAGAAGAAUUAAUUUCAAGAUAUGGUAAUACAAUUAAAGAAAGUGAUGUUGCAUCAUAUGUUAUGUAUCCAAAAGUAUUUGAAGCUUAUAAAAAGCAAGUUGAAAAAUAUGGAGUUUUAUCAGUAUUACCAACAAGAUAUUUCCUUAAACCUUGUAAGAUUGGUCAAGAAUUAACCGUUGAUAUUGAAAAGGGUAAAACAUUAAUUAUAAAAUUAUUAGCAAUUGGAGAAAUUAGUCAACAAACUGGUACAAGAGAAGUAUUUUUUGAAUUAAAUGGUGAAAUGAGAUCAGUAACUGUUGAUGAUAAAACUGUAUCUAUUGAAACUAAAACAAGACCAAAAGCAUCUCAACCAAAUGAUGUUGGAGCACCAAUGGCAGGUGUUGUUAUUGAAAUUAGAACAAAAUCUGGUACUGAAGUUAAAAAGGGUGAUCCAAUUGCCGUUUUAUCGGCCAUGAAGAUGGAAAUGGUAAUUUCUGCCCCUGUCUCUGGUAUCAUUGGUGAUAUCUUAAUUAAUGAAGGUGAUUCAGUCGAUGCUAAUGAUUUAAUUACUAGUAUUCAUAAAUAAGUUUCUUUUAAUAAUGACUUCUUUCAAUUCUACUGCAAUACGCUAUUUCCAUUUGUUAGUUGAAAUUUUUUAUCUUUACAGUUUCAUAUACAUAUAACCUAUUAUACAUAAAUAUAUAUAUUCUU